CCGAGCGAGAGGGAAGAAACAAGAUGGCGGCUGAAGGCGAUCCGGAGUGGGGCCCCAGCAAUUCGGACUGAGCCUUCUCCCUCCACCCGCUUCCGCCGGCCGGGCCCCUCCCGCCCGGCCGCGCCGGCCUCCCCACCCGGCCCCGGCGCCCCCCACCGCCCCCUGCGCCCGCCCCUCCCCCCUCCGCCUUCCCUUCUCCCCCCGCCGCGGCUCCGACAUGAGGGGCCGGCGGGGCAGGCCGCCCAAGCAGCCCGCGGCUCCCGCUGCGGAGCGCUGAGCCCCGGCCCCGCCGCCGCCGCCGCCGCCGCCGCCCACGUCCGGACCCAUCGGGGGGCUCCGCUCCCGGCACCGCGGCAGCAGCCGGGGCAGGUGGGCCGCCGCUCAGGCUGAGGUGGCGCCCAAGACGCGGCUGAGCUCGCCCAGGGGGGGCAGCAGUAGCCGGAGGAAGCCGCCGCCGCCGCCGCCGCCGGCCCCCCCCAGCACCAGCGCCCCGGGCCGGGGGGGGCGAGGAGGCGGGGGCGGCAGGACGGGGGGCGGGGGCGGCGGCGGCCACCUGGCCCGGACCACCCCGGCCCGCAGGGCCGUCAACAAAGUGGUGUACGAUGACCACGAGAGCGAGGAGGAGGAGGAGGAGGAGGACAUGGUCUCCGAGGAGGAGGAGGAAGAGGAGGAGGAGGACGGCGACGCCGAGGAGACCCAGGAUUCCGAGGACGACGAGGAAGAUGAGAUGGAGGAGGACGACGAUGACUCCGAUUAUCCGGAGGAGAUGGAAGACGACGACGACGACGCCAGUUACUGUACGGAAAGCAGCUUCAGGAGCCAUAGCACCUACAGCAGCACUCCAGGUAGGCGAAAACCAAGAGUACACCGGCCUCGUUCUCCAAUCUUAGAAGAAAAAGACAUCCCGCCCCUUGAAUUUCCCAAGUCCUCUGAGGAUUUAAUGGUGCCUAAUGAGCAUAUAAUGAAUGUUAUUGCCAUUUAUGAGGUACUGCGGAACUUUGGCACUGUUCUAAGAUUAUCUCCUUUUCGCUUUGAGGACUUCUGUGCAGCUCUGGUGAGCCAAGAGCAGUGCACACUCAUGGCAGAGAUGCACGUUGUGCUUUUGAAAGCAGUUCUGCGUGAAGAAGACACUUCCAAUACUACCUUUGGACCUGCUGACCUGAAAGACAGCGUCAAUUCCACGCUGUAUUUCAUAGAUGGGAUGACGUGGCCGGAGGUGCUGCGUGUGUACUGUGAGAGUGAUAAGGAGUACCAUCAUGUUCUUCCCUACCAAGAAGCCGAGGACUAUCCCUACGGACCAGUAGAGAACAAAAUCAAAGUUCUGCAGUUUUUAGUCGAUCAGUUUCUUACGACAAAUAUUGCCCGUGAGGAGCUGAUGUCUGAAGGGGUGAUCCAGUAUGAUGACCAUUGUAGGGUUUGUCACAAACUUGGGGAUUUGCUUUGCUGCGAGACGUGUUCGGCCGUAUACCAUUUGGAAUGUGUGAAACCACCUCUUGAGGAGGUGCCAGAGGACGAAUGGCAGUGUGAAGUCUGUGUAGCACACAAGGUGCCUGGUGUGACUGACUGUGUUGCUGAAAUCCAAAAAAAUAAACCAUAUAUUCGACACGAACCUAUUGGAUAUGACAGAAGCCGGAGGAAAUACUGGUUCUUAAAUCGAAGACUCAUAAUAGAAGAAGAUACAGAAAAUGAAAAUGAAAAGAAAAUUUGGUACUAUAGCACGAAGGUCCAGCUUGCAGAAUUAAUAGACUGUCUAGAUAAGGAUUAUUGGGAAGCAGAACUUUGCAAAAUUUUAGAAGAAAUGCGUGAAGAAAUCCACCGGCACAUGGACAUAACUGAAGACCUGACCAAUAAGGCUCGGGGCAGUAACAAAUCCUUUCUAGCGGCAGCUAAUGAAGAAAUUUUGGAAUGCAUAAGGGCCAAAAAGGGAGAAAUUGAUAAUGUUAAAAGCCCAGAAGAAACAGAAAAAGAGAAGCAUGAGAAUGAGAAUAACAACUCUAAAGAUGCUGAGAAAAGCAGAGAGGAGUUUGAAGACCAGUCCCUUGAAAAAGACAACGAUGACAGAAUACCAGAUGAUGAUCCUGAGCAAGGAAAAUCUGAGGAGCCAACAGAAGUUGGGGAUAAAGGUAACUCUGUGUCAGCAAAUCUUGGCGACAACACAACAAAUGCUUCUUCAGAAGAGACUAGUCCCUCUGAAGGGAGGAGCCCCGUGGGGUGUCUCUCAGAAACCCAUGAUAGCUGCAACAUGGCAGAGAAGAAGGUGGCAUCUGAGCUCCCCCAGGAUGUGCCAGAAGAAUCUAACAAGACAUGUGACAGCAGUAACACUAGUGGUACCACUACCUCCAUCCAGCCUAAUCUGGAAAACAGUAACAGCAGCAGUGAACUAAAUUCUUCCCAGAGUGAAUCUGCUAAGGCAGCUGAUGAUCCUGAAAAUGGAGAAAGAGAAUCCCAUACACCUGUCUCUAUUCAGGAAGAGAUAGGUGACUUCAGAUCAGAGAAAUCUAAUGGGGAGAUGAGUGAAUCUUUUGGAGCUGGAAGAGGAGCAUCUGGCUCAACUCGCAUUAUCACCAGGUUGCGGAACCCAGACAGCAAACUGAGUCAGCUGAAGAGCCAGCAGGUGGCAGCAGCAGCCCAUGAAGCAAAUAAAUUGUUUAAGGAGGGGAAAGAGGUACUGGUAGUUAACUCUCAAGGAGAAAUUUCACGGUUGAGCACCAAAAAGGAAGUGGUCAUGAAAGGAAAUAUCAACAAUUAUUUUAAAUUGGGUCAAGAAGGGAAGUAUCGCGUCUACCACAAUCAGUACUCCACCAAUUCAUUUGCUUUGAAUAAGCAUCAGCACAGGGAAGACCAUGAUAAGAGAAGGCAUCUUGCACAUAAGUUCUGUCUGACUCCAGCAGGAGAGUUCAAAUGGAAUGGUUCUGUCCAUGGGUCCAAAGUCCUUACCAUAUCUACUCUGAGACUGACCAUCACCCAAUUAGAAAACAACAUCCCUUCCUCCUUUCUUCACCCCAAUUGGGCUUCACACAGGGCAAAUUGGAUCAAGGCAGUUCAGAUGUGUAGCAAACCCAGAGAAUUUGCGUUGGCUUUAGCUAUUUUGGAGUGUGCAGUUAAACCAGUUGUGAUGCUACCAAUAUGGCGGGAAUCCUUAGGACAUACCAGGUUACAUAGAAUGACAUCAAUUGAAAGAGAAGAAAAGGAGAAAGUAAAAAAAAAAGAGAAAAAGCAAGAAGAGGAAGAAACAAUGCAGCAAGCUACGUGGGUAAAAUACACAUUUCCAGUUAAACAUCAGGUUUGGAAACAAAAAGGAGAGGAGUAUAGAGUAACAGGAUAUGGUGGUUGGAGCUGGAUUAGUAAAACUCAUGUUUAUAGGUUUGUUCCUAAAUUGCCUGGCAAUACUAAUGUGAAUUACAGGAAGUCGUUAGAAGGAACCAAAAAUAGUAUGGAUGAAAAUAUGGAUGAAUCAGAUAAAAGGAAAAGUCCACGGAGUCCAAAAAAAAUAAAAGCAGAGCCUGAUUCUGAGAAAACCGAAGUGAAAGAUGGAGAUGCUGCAAAAGGAACAGACCAAAGCGAAAUGGAGAUCUCAAAGAUUACUGAAAAGAAAGACCUAGAUGUAAAAGAACUUUUAGAUUCUGACAUUGAUAAAUCCUUCAAGGAAGAACCAAUGGAAAUAGAUGAUGAUGUGAAAACAGAGUCCCAUAUAAAUUGUCAGGAAAGUUCUCAAGUAGAUGUGGUCAAUGUCAGUGAGGGUUUUCAUCUAAGGACUAGUUACAAAAAGAAAAUAAAAACUUCCAAACUAGAUGGACUUCUUGAAAGGAGAAUUAAGCAGUUUACACUGGAAGAAAAACAGCGCCACGAGAAAAUGAAGUUGGAGGGUGGAAUGAAGGGAGCAGGGAAGUCAUCUCCAAGUUCUUUGAAAAGUAUUUCUGAGUCACCAGUAAUAACAAAAGCAAAAGAAGGGUGUCAUAGUGACCUGCUUAGACAAGAACAGAGCCCCAGUGCAGGUAAUGAUAAAUCAGAGGACUUGAUUCAGGGGUGUUCACAAAGUGAUUCCUCAGUUCUUGGAAUCAGUGGUCCUAGUCUUAACACAGACAAACUCUAUCCAAAAGAUCAAGUGUUAGAUGAUGUCUCCAUUCAGAGUCCUAGGAUGAACUAUUGCAAACAAACUUCUGUUGAAAAUGACAUAGAUGAGAGUGUCUCUGAACCUGCCAGUAAAGGCCAGGAACUCGGUAAGAUUAAAACAAAAGGAAGUGAUUUUUUCAUUGAUGACUCUAAACCAGCCAGUACAGAUGAUAUCGAUACUUUGAUCUAUAAGAACAAAAAACCACUCAUACAGGAGGAUAAUGACACCAUUGUUUCUUCUUCUAAGAGUGCUGUACUUCCAUCAGUACCUAAGAGUACCAGUGACAGAGGUGCCCCAUCUCUGUCAAAAGCAUCAGACUUUGAUGGAAAACUGGGAUGUGACUCUGAAUAUAAUAGCACUUUGGAAAAUAGUUCUGAUACUAUGUCUGUUCAAGAUAGCAGUGAAGAAGAUAUGAUUGUUCAGAAUAGCAGUGAAAGUAUUUCUGAACAGUUCAUGACUCCAGAACAAGGUAUUGAAAGCUUGGAGCCAUUGAAGUGCGAUUUUGUUUCUACUAAGUCCACUGGAAACUGUGAUGACAGGCUGCAGGGUAGGGUAACUGAAACAAAUGGUAAAAGACCAAGUCAACAAUACAAGUUAGAGGAGAGACCAGUUAAUAAAUGUAUUGAUCAAGUAAGUCUAAAAAAUAUCACUGACAAAAGGAAUAAUGAAAAUCGAGAGUCUGAAAAGAAAAGCCAGAAAGCAAGUGCAUUUCAAAUAAAUGGAAAAGAUAAUAAACCUAAAGUAUAUUUGAAAGGUGAAUGCUUGAAAGAAAUCUCCGAAAGUAAAAUCAUAAGUGGUAAUGUUGAACCAAAGGUUAAUAAUAUAAAUAAAAUAGUCCCGGAAAAUGAUAUUAAGUCAUUGACUGUUAAACAGUCAGGUGUAAAGCCAUUCAUUAAUGGUGAUGUUGUUAUGGAAGAUUUUAAUGAAAAAAAUAAUUCAGAUACAAAGUCACAUGUACUGAGUUCUUCAGCUGGUGAAGGUAAUUACCAAGAUAGUCUUGAGGCACUACCAUCAACCAAAGAGUCUGACAGUACAGAGCCCACCACGCCUCCACCAUCUUGUCCAGGCAGUAGUUCAUUUAAUCAGGUAGAAGAUAUGGAAAUUGAAGCCUCAGAAGUUAAGAAGGUUACUCCAUCACCCAUCACAUCUGAAGAGGAAUCUAAUCUCAGUAGUGAUUUUAUUGAUGAAAAUGGGCUGCCCACCAACAAAGAUGAAAAUGUCAAUGGAGAAUCUAAAAGAAAAACAGUCAUCACAGAAGUCACCACAAUGACAUCCACAGUGGCCACAGAGUCAAAAACUGUAAUCAAGGUAGCAAAAGGUGAUAAGCAAACCGUUGUCUCUUCCACAGAAAAUUGUGCCAAGUCCACUGUCACAACCACCACUACGACAGUAACAAAGCUGUCCACACCCUCCACGGGCAGCAGUGUAGACAUCAUCUCUGUAAAGGAGCAAAGCAAAACUGUGGUCACCACAACAGUGACAGACUCACUGACCACUGCAGGAGGCACACUGGUAACAUCCAUGACUGUGAGCAAAGAGUACUCCACAAGAGACAAAGUGAAACUGAUGAAGUUUUCAAGACCGAAGAAGACUCGCUCAGGUACCGCUCUGCCAUCCUAUAGAAAGUUUAUUACCAAGAGCAGCAAGAAGAGCAUAUUUGUUUUGCCUAAUGAUGACUUGAAAAAGUUGGCAAGAAAAGGAGGAAUCCGAGAAGUCCCUUAUUUUAAUUAUAAUGCCAAACCUGCCUUGGAUAUAUGGCCGUAUCCUUCUCCUAGACCGACCUUUGGUAUCACAUGGAGGUAUAGACUUCAGACUGUGAAGUCCUUAGCAGGAGUGAGCCUGAUGUUACGGUUACUGUGGGCCAGUUUGAGAUGGGAUGACAUGGCCGCCAAGGCACCUCCAGGAGGAGGGACUACGCGGACAGAAACAUCUGAAACGGAAAUUACAACAACAGAAAUAAUUAAGCGGAGAGAUGUUGGUCCUUAUGGUAUUCGUUCUGAAUAUUGUAUCAGGAAAAUAAUUUGCCCCAUUGGAGUUCCAGAAAGCACCAAAGAAACACCUACACCUCAGCGGAAAGGCCUUCGAUCAAGUGCAUUGCGACCAAAAAGACCAGAAACACCCAAGCAAACUGGCCCUGUGAUUAUUGAAACCUGGGUUGCAGAAGAAGAGUUGGAACUAUGGGAAAUCAGGGCAUUUGCUGAGAGAGUGGAGAAGGAAAAGGCACAAGCAGUUGAGCAGCAGGCUAAGAAACGAUUGGAGCAGCAGAAGCCUACAGUCAUUGCAGCUUCUACUACUUCCCCAACAAAUAGUACAACCAGCACCAUCUCUCCAGCUCAGAAAGUGAUGGUGGCCCCCAUAAGUGGCUCAGUUACCACUGGAACGAAAAUGGUAUUAACUACUAAAGUUGGAUCUCCAGCUACAGUCACAUUCCAGCAAAACAAGAACUUCCAUCAAACCUUCGCUACAUGGGUUAAGCAAGGCCAGUCAAAUUCAGGCGUUGUUCAAGUACAGCAGAAAGUCCUGGGUAUCAUUCCAUCAAGUACAGGUACAAGUCAGCAAACCUUUACUUCAUUCCAGCCCAGGACAGCAACAGUCACAAUUAGGCCUAAUACCUCAGGCUCUGGAGGAACCACCAAGCACAGCAGAGUAAUCACAGGGCCUCAGAUCCGCCCUGGUAUGACGGUGAUUAGAACCCCACUCCAACAGUCAACACUAGGAAAGGCAAUUAUUCGAACACCUGUGAUGGUACAGCCAGGCACUCCCCAACAAGUGGUGACUCAGAUCAUCAGAGGUCAGCCUGUUUCCACUGCAAUUUCUGCCCCAAGCACAGCUUCCUCAACACCUGGGCAGAAAGGAACAUCAACUGCAAAUCUACAGUCUCCAACUCCACAGUCCCCUCGUCCCCAGCAAGGGCAGGUGAAGCUUACCAUGGCUCAGCUCACUCAGUUAACUCAGGGCCACGGUGGCAAUCAAGGUUUGACCGUGGUAAUUCAAGGACAAGGUCAAACUACUGGACAGUUGCAGUUAAUACCUCAAGGGGUGACUAUACUCCCAGGUCCAGGACAGCAGCUCAUGCAAGCUGCAAUGCCAAAUGGUACAGUUCAGCGGUUCCUCUUUACCCCAUUGGCAACAACAGCCACGGCAGCCAGUACCACCACCACCACCACCACUACGGUGUCCAGUGCCGCAACAGGUUCAGGUGAACAAAAACAGAGUAAAUCAUCACCCCAGACACAGGUGCAACAAGCUAAAACCCUGCCACCAGCUCAGUCAUCGAGUGUGAGUCCUGCAGAAGCCCAGCCACAGACUGCUCAGCCUUCAGCACAGCCCCAGCCCCAGCCCCAGCCCCCGCCCCCACCCCCAACCCCAACUCAGCCUGAAGUUCAGACUCAGCCUGAAGUUCAGACCCAAACAACUGUUGCAUCCCAUGUCCCUUCUGAAGCACAACCCACCCAAGCACAGUCAUCCAAACCCCAAGUUGCAGCACAGUGCCAGCCUCAAACUAAUGCCCAAGGACAGUCUCCUGUUCGUGUCCAAAGUCCACCACAGACUCGAAUACGUCCGUCAACUCCAUCCCAAGUGUCUCCUGGACAGCAAUCCCAGGUUCAGACUACAACCUCACAACCGAUUCCAAUUCAACCACAUACAUCUCUUCAGAUUCCUUCCCAAGGCCAGCCACAAUCACAACCCCAGGUACAGUCUUCAACUCAAACUCUUUCGUCAGGACAAACGUUAAAUCAAGUUACUGUUUCAUCCCCAUCCCGUCCUCAGCUACAAAUACAGCAGCCACAGCCCCAAGUCAUUGCUGUGCCUCAGCUGCAACAACAAGUCCAGGUUUUCUCUCAGAUCCAGUCACAGGUUGUGGCUCAGAUACAGGCUCAGCAAGGUGGUGUGCCCCAGCAAAUCAAACUCCAGUUACCUAUUCAAAUUCAGCAAAGCAGUGCUGUGCAGACUCACCAGAUUCAGAAUGUGGUUACAGUGCAGGCAGCCAGUGUGCAAGAGCAGUUGCAAAGGGUUCAGCAACUCAGGGAUCAGCAGCAAAAGAAGAAGCAGCAACAGAUAGAAAUUAAGCGUGAACACACCCUCCAAGCUUCUAACCAAAGUGAAAUCAUUCAGAAACAGGUGGUGAUGAAGCAUAAUGCUGUAAUAGAACAUUUAAAACAGAAAAAGACCAUGACUCCAGCUGAAAGAGAAGAGAAUCAAAGAAUGAUUGUCUGUAACCAGGUGAUGAAGUAUAUUUUGGAUAAGAUAGAUAAAGAAGAAAAACAGGCAGCCAAAAAACGGAAGCGUGAGGAGAGCGUGGAACAGAAACGUAGCAAGCAGAAUGCUACCAAGCUCUCUGCUCUGCUCUUCAAACACAAAGAGCAACUCAAAGCCGAAAUCCUGAAAAAGAGAGCGCUCCUAGACAAAGAUCUGCAAAUCGAAGUGCAGGAAGAGCUCAGGAGAGAUCUGAAAAUGAAGAAGGAGAAGGACCUGGUGCAGGCGGUGCAGGCCAGUGCAGUGGCAGCACCCUCUCCCCCAGCAUCCGUGGCCACAGCCCCCCCACCCCCUCCACCCUCACCUCCUGCAGCGCCCCCUCCCCAGCACUUGGCCCUCCUCCCCACGCCCCCACUGCCUGCAGCUUCCCAGAAAAGGAAGCGGGAAGAGGAGAAAGACUCCAGCUCAAAGUCCAAGAAGAAGAAAAUGAUUUCUACUACCUCAAAGGAAACGAAGAAGGACACAAAGCUUUACUGUAUUUGUAAAACGCCUUAUGAUGAAUCUAAAUUUUAUAUUGGCUGUGAUCGGUGUCAGAAUUGGUACCAUGGGCGCUGUGUUGGCAUCUUGCAAAGUGAGGCAGAGCUCAUUGAUGAGUAUGUCUGUCCACAGUGCCAGUCGACAGAGGAUGCCAUGACAGUGCUCACGCCACUCACCGAGAAAGAUUAUGAGGGCUUGAAAAGGGUGCUGCGUUCCUUACAGGCUCAUAAGAUGGCCUGGCCUUUCCUUGAACCAGUAGACCCUAAUGAUGCACCAGAUUAUUAUGGUGUUAUUAAGGAGCCUAUGGACCUUGCCACCAUGGAGGAAAGAGUACAAAGACGAUAUUAUGAAAAGCUGACGGAAUUUGUGGCAGAUAUGACCAAAAUUUUUGAUAACUGUCGUUACUACAAUCCAAGUGACUCCCCUUUUUACCAGUGUGCAGAAGUUCUUGAAUCAUUCUUUGUACAAAAAUUGAAAGGAUUCAAGGCUAGCAGGUCUCAUAACAACAAACUGCAGUCUACAGCUUCUUAAAGUUCAGCGUGUUAACCUAACAUAAAACACAGCAAGAAUCUGGUUGUCUGAACUAUUUUAAAUUAAGGAGCCAGAUGUUUUUAGUCAGGUUAUCCUGACAAGACUUGACCUAAACUUCAUUUUUAUUGGUCAUAACAGUCCAAUUAUAUUCUUGGCCAAUUUUGUCCAACGGUCAAGGGAAAAGCAAAGUCAACGACACCAUUAUCUUGUCAAGAUCAAAUGGUUUUACUAUUGUGGCAGAAGCGGGAAAACUGUUUAUUGAAAAAAAAAAAAAAAAAAAAGAAAAAGAAAGCAAGAAAAAAGA